AUGGCAUCUCCUCGGCCAUGCGUUAAAGCUCCACAACAAAGGAUUCUUGUUCAAUUGGUGGAUCAAUUUGGAACUAGAGAAUGGUCUCAUAUUGCUAAGUUUCUAAGUGGCAGGAUCGGGAAACAAUGUAGGGAAAGAUGGAAUAAUCAUCUUCGGCCCGAUAUUACGAAGGACUCAUGGAGCCAGGAAGAGGACAAAAUAUUGAUUGAAGCUCGUAAGAAACUUGGGAACAAAUGGUCUGAAAUUUCAAAGAAAUUGCUCGGGCACACAGACAACACCAUCAAGAACCACUGGAACGCCACCAAGCGCAGCCAAAUCGCAAAGAAGAGGCGGAGCAAGCGUAAAAGUUUGAAGCUGAAUGCACUUCAAAAGUACAUCAUUGAAGUCGAAGCCGCAAAGGAAGCUGAAAAGAAGCAGUUGGAGGAUUCCAUAAGCAGGAUGAAUAUUGAAAAUCAACUUAACUUCAACAAUGCCAAUGGAAGUUCGGGAGGUUUGGCUGCUCGUCCAGAAGGUGAAAUUGAAGGCUAUGUUCCAAUGAUGGUCAAUAGUGGUGAUGAUGGAAUGGGAAAUGGAUUUGGAGCAAUGAAUUGUGAUUAUGGAUCAUAUGGAAUGAAGUUUUUUCCUGAGGUUCCCAUGAAUCAAGAAAUUGAUCUCAUGAAGAUGUUCUGUAAAAAUUCUUAG